CACCGAAAAUGCAAAACAGUCAAACAGAAAACUUUGAAACGCGUUGAAUUGUACGACACGAGUCAACACACAUACACAUAAACAUAUAUACAAAUACAUUAAAAUAAUACAUACAUUGUGAUUUUUUUUGGUUCUGAUUAGAAAGUGAAUAUACAUAUAUAAAAACGCACACUUAAGCACAAGCUGACCGAGUCCAAUAAGAAAGAGCGGUGCGCGUGAAAACAAACCGAAGCAAAGAAAAAGAAGAAGCAGCAGCACACGCAAGAAGUUUUUUAAUUCUAUCUAACACACACAUAAACAAAAAAAAAAACAAAAAUGGCCGAGGCUAAUAAGAGAAAUAUUCCCAUCAAAUUGGGCGACUUCAGCGUUAUCGAUACGGAAUUCAGCAGCAUACGCGAACGCUUCGAUUCUGAGAUGCGCAAAAUGGAGGAGGAGAUGGCCAAGUUCCGUCACGAGCUGAUGAACCGCGAGGCCAAUUUCUUCGAAUCAACCAGCUCUACUAAAAAGACAACAACUACAACCAGCUCAACAACAAACUCGGCCCUGCCUUCCCGAGUGCCCAAGCAACAGAACUAUGUAUCCGACAUCAGCUCUCCCUUGAUACAGGACGAGGGCGAUAACAAAGUGCUGAAGCUACGGUUCGAUGUCAGCCAAUAUGCACCAGAGGAGAUUGUUGUUAAAACUGUCGAUCAGAAGUUGCUGGUGCAUGCCAAGCACGAGGAGAAAUCAGAUACAAAGAGCGUUUACAGGGAAUACAACCGUGAGUUUCUGUUGCCGAAGGGCGUGAAUCCCGAAUCGAUUCGCUCGUCCCUGAGCAAGGAUGGUGUCUUGACUGUGGAUGCGCCGCUGCCAGCGCUCACUGCCGGCGAAACCUUGAUACCCAUUGCGCACAAGUGAAGUGGGGCGCCCGCAAUUCGUAAUCCUACCUAUCCACAGGCCAGCUAUACAGAACACAACACAACAGCAAAUCCCUACUAAAAAGAUGAAGAUAAAAAUAGAAUUCACAAUUGGCCUAAAUUACAUCAAAAAUAAUUUUUUUUUUC